AUGUCUGAUUCCACUGUAAAUCAGCACUUGGAGGGAAUUAUAUCUGAUUUUGAAGCGUUAAAGAGGUCGUUUGAGGUGGAGGACGGUGACAACACCUCCACAAACUCCUCUCCCCACACACGCCGCACGCCAAACUCCCAGCAACGUCCGGCCAUCUCUCCGACCAGCCAACGUUACCACGAGAUAGGGGCACGGCCCGGUCACGACAGCAUCCCCAAGCCGUCCGACGCAUCAAAGCCCAAGGCCCGGACCCCGGAGCCCGUGUCUCGCCGCACUGAACUCUCCAUCGACAUCUCCUCCAACAGCAGCAAACCGGUGGACGGCUCCCCUAGUCCCGGCAUCAUUCGUUUUGGCCUGAAGAGACCUGAGGUUCUGGGCCACAGUAAGACAUCAGAGACCACGCAAAAGCAUACGGUCACCUUCAGCAGGCCCCUGGAGACCAACGUCCAACCCGCUCGUGCCCCCGCUGCCGUGCCCCACGCCAGUGCCAAACUCCCAGAAACCACCUUCAGGAGGAACGAGCCCCCGAGCCCCGGCGAGACGUCGAGCAGACGUCCGGAAAUCAGCGUAACCAGAGCGCCGGACAGCAAAGGACAGGACAAUCACCACAACCCCACUAUCACCACGCGUUGCUCUUCUCCCAAUCACGCCGGCCGCAAGUCGCCGAACGCCGACGGGUCAGAGGUCAUCACAAGUUUUUACGGAACCAUGUCAGACGCAGCUAAGACGCCCCCACCCGUUGCCAAGGCGGAGAAACCCGGCACUGACUUCAGCUAUGUUGGCAUCGACGCCAUCCUGGAGCAGAUGAGGAGGAAAGCAAUGAAACAAGGCUUUGAGCUCAACAUCAUGGUUGUCGGACAGAGUGGGCUUGGAAAAUCUACACUGAUGAACACUCUCUUCAAGUCUAAGGUGAGCCGUAAGUCUGUGCAGGCUACGGCCGAAGAGAGGAUCCCCAAAACCAUUGAGAUCAAGUCCAUCAGUCACGACAUUGAGGAGAAAGGCGUGAGAAUGAAACUAACAGUAAUCGACACCCCUGGAUUUGGAGACCAGAUAAACAACGAGAACUGCUGGCAACCCAUCAUGAAGUUCAUCAACGACCAGUAUGAACAUUACCUGCAGGAGGAGAUCAACAUCAACAGGAAGAAGAGGAUCCCAGACUCACGUGUGCACUGUUGCAUAUAUUUUAUUCCACCCACUGGACACUGUCUGAGGCCCAUUGAUGUGGAAUUUAUGAGACAUCUCAGUAAAGUGGUCAACAUUGUCCCAGUCAUCGCCAAAGCAGACACUCUGACCCUGGAGGAAAGGGACUUCUUCAAACAGAAGAUAAGAGAAGACUUGAAAACCAACGGGAUUGAUGUCUACCCUCAGAAGGAGUUUGAUGAAGAUGCAGAGGACAGGGCGAUUAAUGAAAAGAUCAGGGAGAUGAUUCCCUUUGCUGUGGUGGGCAGUGAUCAGGAGUACCAAGUCAAUGGAAAGCGACUCCUAGGAAGGAAAACAAAAUGGGGAACAAUAGAAGUCGAGAACAUUGCACACUGUGAGUUUGCCUACCUGCGGGAUCUGCUUAUCAGAACCCACAUGCAAAAUAUCAAAGAUAUAACCAGCAGCAUCCAUUAUGAGAUGUAUCGCGUGCGCAGACUCAACGAGAACAACACACAAACAAACGGCCAGGCUAACGGGCAACCCGCAAUGCACGCUAACGGAGUGCCUGAGCACGAAGUCCUUUCACACGAAAUGUAGACAUCCGUCACCUCCGUCGCCCCUUCCCAUAUACAGAGUGUCUUCGUAACCCCGGCCUCCCUCCUUUUUCUAUUGUGUCUGACUGGCAGAACUCGGCUCGCUCUCGCCCCAACUCCAAAUAGUACAUUUCAACACGGCUUUUGAUCAUAACCGAAGGCACACGUGACCAUUUAAUGUAUAGACUUUCUUUAUCCCCUCAUGGUCAUAACUCUCUUGUAACAGGCAAAUUUUUAAGCAACUGUGAGAACUGUAUGAAUAUGCAAUGUCCUUUGUUUUGUUUUGUUUUUUCUUUUAAUGCAGCGUUCUCAUGUCAAGAGUAAGGUUUAACCUCUUACUCAUAUGGCCUAAAUAUGUGGUUCUACCAUCUUAUGCCAAAGUCAUAUGACACCUUUUGUCUCUCUGAAAUAGCAGA